GUCGGUGCGGGCGUCAGUCUGCCCGGCGUGGUGGCUGCCAAGUGCGGUGCUGAGGUGAUCCUGUCCGACAGCGAGGAGCUGCCCCAGUGCCUGCAGAACUGUCGGAGGAGCUGCCUGAUGAACGACCUGCCCCACGUACCUGUCGUGGGACUCACUUGGGGGCGGGUAUCUCCAGAGCUGCUCUCUCUUCCUCCUGUAGACAUUAUUUUAGGAUCAGACGUCUUUUUUGACCCAAAAGACUUUGAAGAUAUUUUAACUACAGUUUACUUCUUGCUGGAGAAGAAUCCACAUGCUCAAUUCUGGACCACUUAUCAAGUCCGAAGUGCUGACUGGUCGAUUGAAGCUUUGCUCUACAAAUGGAAACUGAAGAGCAUCCACAUUCCCUUACAUUCGUUCAGUGCAGACAAAGAGCACUUGGCCAGCUCUUCUCUACCAGGAAGACAUACGAUUGAAAUGAUGAUCAUCUCACUAGCAAGAUCAGAUGGUAUUUAAGUUUAUUCCACUUGUUGGUUCCAAUACAAGGCGAUACUUAACUGUUCACUGUAGCAUGGAUCUGCAGAAAACAGCCCUGUUUACAGCAAACCUCAUGCGUAUUUUUUGGGAAGCAGAUCCCCUUAACAGUGAUUCUUAAAACAUGCACUGUAAAAAUAAAGCUGUUCAAUUGUUUA